GAGCACGGGAAGGAGACGCUGCAGCGCGCAGAACCCCCCAAAACAGAUGUGACGCACCACCCCAUCUCUGACCAAAGAGUCACCCUGAGGUGCUGGGCCCUGGGCUUCUACCCUGCGGAGAUCACUCUGACCUGGCAGCGGGAUGGGGAGGACCUGACCCAGGACACAGAGCUUGUGGAGACCCGGCCUGCAGGAGAUGGGACCUUCCAGAAGUGGGCCGCCGUGGUGGUGCCUUCUGGACGGGAGCAGAGAUACACGUGCCAUGUGCAGCAUGAGGGGCUGUCCGAGCCCCUCACCUUGAGAUGGCAACCACCACCUCAGGCCACCAUCCCCAUCACCUGGAUCAUUGCUGGUGUGGUUCUCCUUGCGGUCACUGUGGCCCUGAUUGGAGCUGGGAUCUGGAAGAUGAAGCACUCAGGAGGGAAAGGACCAGGCUACUCUCAUGCUGCAGGUGAUGACAGUGCCCAGGGCUCUGAUGUGUCUCUCACGGCUCCUCAAGUGUGAGACCAGCUGCCUUGCGGGGACUGAGUGAUGCAAGAUGUGUUCACACCCCCACUUGGUGACAUCAACAACCCCUGACUUCUCUUUCUGCAAAAGGUGUCAGAUGUGUCUGUGUUCCUAUGAGCAUAAUGUGGGGACAUGAGAUUUGCCCACCCUGCCCACCACGACCCCUCCCUAUGCUGAUUUGCAUUCUCUUCUCUGAUGUGCUUUCCUGUUCCAGCAGAGGCGGGGCUGGACCAUCUCCAUCCCUGUCUUUAUUUCACGUUGGGCUGAGUACUAAUGACUUAUUUCCCUACGAAAAUUAGAAUCCAGAUAUAAGUUUUCUUUCCUAAUUCUUGGCAUGUGGGGCUGAUGAGGUAAUAAAAGAGAAAAUUUGUAAAGUUGAGACAGCAAAUAAAUGAAGCCCUGAGAACCUUCCAGAA